AUGGCCGACGACUUCGCUCCCCCGUCGGGUCCCCCGCCUCCCAAAGCUCCCGAGGUCCCUCCCGGCUGGAUCGCCCGUUGGAAUGAACAGUACAAAGAAUGGUUCUACGUAAAUCUCCACACCAAGCAAUCCCAAUGGGAUAAGCCAACCGAGCCCGCACUGCCUCCGCCGCCCCCAGCAGACGGCCACCCCGGAGGUCCUCCCCCCGGCUACGCGCCGCGCCCGGGCGAAUCGACGCCGCCCGUGGACCAGAAGCAGAACCCGUACGACCAGAAGCACAACCCCUACGAGAACCAGUCCUCGACGCCCCAGCCCUACGGCGCCGGCAGCUCCAACAACAUCAGCGAGGACGAGCGCCUUGCCCGCCAGCUCCAGGCCGAGGAGGAGGCCCGCGCCCGCGGCGCCGGCUCGCACUCCCCGAUGCCCCCGGCUACAACCUCCAGCAGCAGCAGCACCAGCAGCCCCAGAGCCCUACGGAGGCUACCCCAGCAGCAGCAGUACGGCGGGUAUCCUCCCCAGCAGGGGUACGGCGGUGGCGGCUACGGACGCGGCAUGGGUGGUGGCAUGGGCGGCAUGAUGGGCGGCGGCAGCGGCGGCCGGAAACCCGGCGGCGGCGGCAUGGGCAUGGCGGGCGGCAUGGCGCUCGGUGCCGGUGCCGGUCUGCUCGGUGGCGCGCUGAUUGCGGACCACAUCAACGACGAGCAGCAGGAGGCGUACGCUGACGGCUACAACGACGGCAACGAUGGCGAUGACUAUGGUGGUGGCGGCGACGACUUUGGCGGCGACUUCUAA